AUGCUUCUCACCUCCUUCGCCAUCCUCCCGUUGGCGCUGCUGGUGCUCUCUGGUCACGCCCACCCCUUGCAGCCCGCCUUAUCGCUGCCAACAGUGCAAGAGAAAGCGCCGCUCGCAGAUGCCAAGUUCAUCCCGUUCAAUCCAUCCAUCGAAACAAUCCAUCCGCUACUCCAACCCUCGCCCUCUUCCUCACCCUCACGCAGCUCCAGUCGAUGGUCGCGACUGUUCCAACGCAAGAAACCUCAGCCGGCAGAACCGGUGAGCAUCCCCCUCUUCCGCGUCUCCCCCUUGUACGAUGGCGUUUCGCUCCCCGGUACCCGGAUGGACACCCCCAUCCUGGAGGCAAUGAAGCAACGCGGCGCCCCAUUCUUCGUCAUCCACCCACGGGGCAAGGUGACCUUCAUCCGGUCCAACGGAGGGACGAUCCGACUGCGAAAAGGCGCUGAGAGCGAGGUGGUGCUUGGUGCCCUGAAACGGUCCCAGUCCAGCGGGGAGGGGCGGAUGCUGACGCUGCCGAGUGAGGUGGUGACUGCAGCGCAGAGGAGAGGGUGGUGGGAUGGGAUUGUUGAGGGUGGUGGCGGUGUGUUGGGUAAGGUCAGGAGCGGGAUUCGGGCGGGCUGGGGGAGGGUGAGGGUGCCGUGA